AAGCUCUCCAGCAAGUCGGAUCGUCAGCCAGCCUUAGUAUAGGAGUCGUAUCUCGUUCUAAUAACAAGUGAUAUAAACUGUGACGUCGACGGCGAAGCUUUUUCAACGUAGUUAUUAUUUACUGAACCUAUCCCAAUUCAAGUGGUCCAGCAUCUGCAAUCUUCUAUAGCAACUACAAAGGCACAAUGGCAUUAAGAUUUUUGAAUUUUAUGGCCUUGGCCUUGUUGGUUUCACCAGCUCUGGUUCUUACUCAGGAAAGCUGCUUUACACCCGACAACAAACCAGGCUAUUGUGUUGCCCCACAGGAGUGCAAAUAUGUUCUUGAACUAACCAAGAAAUAUGGUCGCUUCGUACCAGUCUCAAAGCGACGCGAAUUGGAGGCAGCAGUGUGCAAUAAAUCCCAACGCCAAAUGACCUUGUGCUGUUCUACCGACUCAGUGAUGAUCGAUAUCGAGGCACAAAGCCAAGACAAGGGCCAAGUAGAGACACGCGCUAGCAAUCCCACUGGUGGAAACAGCAAUAUGAAUAUUGGGAGCAUCGAUCCACGUGGCUUGCGAGUCCUUGAAGGAGUCGAAUGCGGAAAGAAGCCAGUUAUCAAGCUAAGCGGCGGAGAUAUAACGCAGAUUGGAGAGUUUCCCUGGCUAGCUCUGCUAAAAUAUAACACUGCGCAGCAGCGUCCCUUCCUCUGCGGCGGUAGUCUGAUCAGCGAUCGUUAUGUGUUAACGGCAGCGCAUUGCGUUCACACUCACUCCAAGCUAAUUGGCGUACGCUUGGGCGAGCAUGACUUGAGCACAGAGGAGGACUGCCAGUGGAAGGGAAAGAAGCGCGUGUGCUUGCCACCCUACGAGGAGUAUGGCAUCGCCAGUAUAAAGUCGCAUCCACAGUACGUGCAUGGCGAAAUACAUCAUGACCUGGCGCUAAUCAAACUGGACCGGCCAGUAAAGCAACAAAUCCACAUCAAACCCGUUUGCCUUCCCAUUGAUGGGCAAUCGCAAAAAGUGUCCUAUGAUCAGAGCUACUUCAUAGUCGGCUGGGGAACUACAGAAAAGGACAGCUACAAAGGUUCGGACGUGUUGCUCAAAGCGGUAGUCAAACGGCAGGAGCUCGACGUGUGUCGGCGUUUCUUUCAAAAUGCGCCCGUUACGGAGAACAAUAUCUGUGUCCUUGGCUCCGAUAUUAUCUCAACAUGUCGCGGAGAUUCAGGAGGUCCGCUCUUCUUCCGCAACUCCUACAAGGAUACAGUUCGCUACGUGCAGUACGGAGUGGUAUCAUACGGUGGAAGAGCUUGUGGUCGACGUGCUGCCGAGCCCGGUGUCUUUGCCAACGUUAUUGAUAUGUUGCCUUGGAUAACGCAGAAUAUUGAUUAAUUGUAAGAUAGGUGGAAAAAAAUAUGUUGCUGCGAACGUAUCAUGUACUCAAUUCUAUUUAUAAGUGUAAUUAGACCAUAAAUUUCAAUGCCAUAUGCAUAUACAUAGUUAUUUAUCAUAAAUUAUACGAAAUAAAUACAAGUGUAAAGAAUAAGGAGCAUAAUAAAUGUGUUUGUUAAACAAGGUAGCAGA